AUGUUUUCACCUGAAGAACAGCAAAUAGAAAUAUGUUUACUCAAAUCAAAUCUUGAAAGAAUUGGAGAUGACUUAGUUGUUCAAAACUCUGCAUUGCCUGCUUUGGAUGCUGAAAAUGAACAAAAGUACCGCGAGACGAUGACAGCAUUACGUAUUGCACGCUCUCUAAAUGCAGAAAAGGAACGACUGAAUCAAGAAAAUGUGAGAUUAACGGCCAAACGCAUGCAGCUAAAGCGACAAUGCGACGGCAUUACAUCUUCGUUGGAGAAAGCCAGGCAGUGUCGCGGGGAACUAGCGGAUUCUCUGAAAAGGGAGGAGCAAGAUGCGGAAGCACUAAUUCGAAAAUAUGAAGAUACUUUACGUGACAAAGCUAAUAGAUUUAGAAGGACGCGCAGCUAUUAUAACGAAGAGGAGACUCGAAAUGAAAUAGAUAAAGUGAACAAUGUAGUCAUUGAGCUAGAAAACGAAAAGAAAAACUUACAAGCGGCCGUUGAGGAAUUAAAACGUCAACUCGAAGCCUUGGAGCCAGCCGUCCCCGAGAAUCUUCUGGAAAUAUUAGAGAAACCAAAGUUGGAAGAAACAGUCAAUUUGCUUUCUCAGAAAUAUAAAGAAUUAUAUGCACAAAGAAAAUGCUUCGGUUCAUGUGACAAUAUUUAUAAGAAAUAG